GGCCCACGCGCCGAGAAGCGCUAAAUCGGGUGUGGUGGGAUGGCAGCAGAGAUCUAAAACCUCCCCCCCCCCUUGCAAGGCUGGGCGGCGAUAUGAAGCAGACCAAGAUGGGCAUUUUGUUAGAAUUGGAUUUGUUUGCUGAGCUAGAAACGCGCAGAUUGGUAUUCUAUAAUAACAUUUUUACAGCGCAUUUGUUGCUUAGUGGCACCGCUGUCCAGAAGCUAUCUCAUAUCAGCAUGGACCCCUUGCGCGCAGGGCCGCUUUGAGAGUCCGAAGCCUAGACCACGGGCACUGCCUCUCUCUCCCAAGGCGCGCCGCUUGCCUUUUUUUUUUUAAGCUUCUUCAUCUUCAAACUUUGACACCUCCCCCUUCCCAUAAUGCACAAUCCGACGCGGCGAUACAAAUAAUCAAUAAUAGACAUCUAUGCAACACGAGCGCUAGAAUCUACCAUCAGCAACCGCGAGAAGUAGUCGCCAUGGAGCGCGAGGUCGACAUGCCGGAUCCCCCUCAACGAAGCUGGACAGCCCGGGUCCGCAAGCAUCUCCCUCCUCUGACCUUUAUCAGCAUUCACUAUGCCUACUUCAUUGUCUUUGCCAUGAUCGGCUCCGUCAUCUUUUGGAAAUCCUCCAGCGACGAACGACCAGUGUCCUAUGUAGACAGCCUCUUUCUCAUCGUCUCCGCCAUGACGCUCGCCGGCCUCAACACAGUCAACCUCAGUGAGCUGACGACGUGGCAACAGUUUCUGCUCUUCUUUUACAUCAUGCUCGGUAGUACCAUUUGGGUCUCAAUCUGGACGGUCCUUGCCCGCAAACAAGUCUUUAGCCGCCGCUUCGACGACAUUGCUCGAGCGCAGCGCGCCAAAAUGUCGGCCAGCGUCCUCUCUUUCCGGCGGACACUCUCGUUCCGAAAGGCUGUCACUGAGCCGAUACAGCAUACCUCUUCGGUGCUUCCUGGCCCCGUUAUCAAGAAACACGCCUCUGAUUUCCCCGAUGUCGACGAAAAUACGCUCGCGAACGCUCGUCGGCGCCGCGACUCGGUGCCCGAACCAAACCACACGGCCAACCACGAGCCCAAACCGACAUCGCAGGACAAGACAGACGAAAAAGAAAAUCACAUUGCGUUUCAGGAUACGCCUCAUCCUCGCCAGCAGCAAGAAAAGGCGGCUGCGGGUGAAGCCGGUGACGAGAACAACAGCGAUGCCUACAGCGAGGACGAUCGCGGUCAGACUAUGCGAUACUUUCUCAAGCAUCGCGCCUCUGGGCGCCACGGCGAAUUUCACAGCUUGACUAGUGAGGAGCGAACACAGCUUGGCGGCUGCGAAUACAGCGCUCUCCGUAUACUCGCCGUCGUGGUCCCUCUCUAUUUCGCCAUGUGGCAGAUCCUUGGUUGUGUUGCCCUCGGCGCCUGGAUCAACAAUAAUAUGCCCGACACAGCCCGCCAGAAUGGAAUCAAUCCUUGGUGGCUAGGUAUUUUCAACGGUGUAUCUGCCUUUAACAACUCAGGCAUGUCCUUGCUUGACGCCAACAUGGUUCCCUUUCAAGGCGCCUACUUUGUCCUCAUCACCAUGGGUCUGAUGAUCUUGGCAGGCAAUACAGCAUAUCCCAUCUUUCUCCGAUUCAUCUUUUGGUCAUUUCUACGCAUUCUCCGAUUAACAACCCGCCCAGAGGCCCUUAGCCACUUCAAGCUCACUCUCCAAUUCAUCCUCAAGUAUCCUCGUCGAGUAUACACCAACCUGUUUCCUUCCCGCGCUACCUGGUGGCUUCUCUUUAUGCUGAUUGGUCUCAAUUGCGUUGAUUGGGUGGCUUUUGAGAUCUUCAAUAUUGGCAACCCCGUCAUCGAGUCAAUUCCCACCGGCCCGCGCGUUCUAGAUGGUCUUUUCCAAGCCUUGGCUGUCCGCUCUGGUGGCUUUUAUGUUGUCCCCAUUGCUCAGAUUUCCAUCGCCAUUCAAUUUCUUUAUGUUGUCAUGAUGUACAUAUCCGUAUACCCCGUCGUCAUUACUAUGCGACACUCCAACGUUUACGAAGAGCGCUCUCUUGGCAUAUACCAAGACGACAUCGACUCUGAAUCGGAGAGCAAUACUCCCUUGCUCGUCACAGGCAGCAGCGAAAAUGUCAAUGCAGCCACCGCCCGUGCUCGUACAGCAGCCACUACGAAUACUGCAGCACAAGCACCGCCGCUACAUCUAGCGCAACAGCUUCGAGGGCGACCAACUCUAAUGCGUCAGCUCAGCCAGUCUAUUCCAGCAACAGAGAUUGGUAGAGCCCUGCAGCGGUCAUUCACACCGUGGCAUGGCGUCGGCGUACCUCCUGUUUCUCGCAACGGCCCUAUUCAAAAUACCCCUCUCCAAACCAACAUGAGCUUCGUUCGCCAGCAAGUCCACGGCCAGCUUGCACAUGAUAUCUGGUGGCUGGUCUUGGCCGUCUUUAUCAUCACUGCGAUUGAGAGCUCCCACUUUAACUCAGACCCCGUGGCCUUCUCCGUCUUCAACAUCAUCUUUGAGGUCGUGUCAGCUUAUGGAACUGUCGGUAUCUCUGUUGGUGUCCCCACUGCAGCAUACAGCUUCUGUGGUGCUUGGCAUACUGCGAGCAAACUCGUCCUCUGCCUUGUCAUGAUUAGAGGUCGACACCGUGGCUUGCCCGUGGCUCUGGAUCAUGCCGUACGACUGCCAGGCGAGCACCUUCACAAGGAAGAAGAAGAGGACAAUCGUAUACGGCGAAGCCUAAGCAUCAACCGUAGAAGAGAGAGUAUGGACGUAUAGACUGCUUGGCUGUUUUUCAUUUUGUAUUCUAUAUUUUCUGGGCUUAUAGAAAUGCCCACGUAGACAGUUUAAUUUUGUGAUUUUACCAGAGGCGCGUUUAACCCCGAGGUAUUCCGCCCAUCCUGACCCUCAAAUGCGCUCAUUUGAAUGUACCGUCCUUCACCUGUCUCCGUAGUAGUCCUGCGGGAUUUGAUCAGAUGCCAAAUGUACGGUUCCCGAACUACAAGC